AUGACUUCCUUAAAGGAGAAGGUACUGUUCUUGCUUUUGCACACCCUCAUUCACAUAUUGGUUAUACAUUUUUGGAACGUGGUUCGCACGCUUGUGGACGGGAUCUUUGGGAAAAGGCGACGUCGGUCCCGCGGAGUUAUUGAAGUUGUGGCUCAUGGAAACACGUCCAAAGUUUUUUUCUCUCUUGAUAAAGUGGAGAAACUGUUUUACCUCUCGCCACCGUAUGACGGCCGAAUCAAUACGGUUUUGUGCGCCCUUCGGCCAAACUGGCCGAUAAGUUACACGCGCGAAGUUGUGAAUGGUGUGGAUGACAAUCCCAUUUGCUUAGAUUGGCUCAUUGCGGACACAUCGGAACGAGACGCGCGAGGGAUUUUGAUUAUUGUCCCAGGCCUCGCAUCCUGGUCACAAACGAAUUAUAUUCAACGUUGUGUCCUACUCGCACACCGUUACGGCAUUCACUGCUGCGUCUUUAAUUGCAAGGGCCUUGGGGACACGCCGUUGACAACCCCCCGCAUGAUAUCCGCUUCAUGGACAGGGGAUUUGCACAAAACAUUUUCCACCGCCCUCUCGAGGGAAGCGCUGUCCCGAAAGUUCGGCACUGCGGCCAAUAAUAUAUGGGGAGCCGGGUUCAGCCUCGGUGGGGUAAUCAUGUCAAAGUUUCUAAAGGAAUGUGCGCUCCAGGGGGUGAAAUCACAGCCGUUGGAUGCCGCCCUCAUCAUCAACAGCCCCUUGGAUAUGGAAGAAACAAGCAGGACCUUGAAUGAACCCCAAAACGCCAUGUAUCAGCGGAAGAUGAUUAGCAACGUUAUUCAGUUCGUCACCAAACACAUAGAUGUUCUUAAAAACGUUAAGGAGAUAAACCUUAAGGAACAUGACAAUGACAUUCUAAAGUUCAUGAAAAGCUUACGAUCACUCCAAGAAUUUGAUGUACACAUUAACACGCCGCACAAUGGUUUUGCCACUGUCAAGGACUUCUACGAUGCUGUGAAUGUCUUUACCUCGCUGCGACACUGUAACAUUCCAGUGCUUUGUCUGGUGGCUGAAGAUGACCCAGUCAUCGGCUCACUGCCAAGCAAUGCAUUCGACGAUGUGGCAUCUUGCAAUAAACUGGUAGCAUUUGUAAAGUUCCCGUACGGUGGACACCUUGGUUUCUGUAGAAGUCCUAUGGAAGAAUGGAACGGAGAACCUUCGGUGAUGGAAAUGUUCAUCUGCGAUUUAAUCAGUUCGCAUAAACAUAUGGAGGAAAUGAAGGAACCAACUGAAGGUAUUUGUUUGUAUUGA